GGCUUUGUGCUGUCUGCAUGGACACCACAUGCUGGCUGGAACUUCCUUUUGGUGACAAAACUGGUGAAGUGAAAUAGUCCAUGCUUGCUGUUUUUGAGAACACUUCUUUAGUGUUGGGGGACAGUGAAGUGGUUUGGAUUGGAACACCAUAGGUGGAAGUGAAGGUAGUAAUUAGAAAAGGUGGGGUUUUUGUGGUUUAAGGAUCUUCAGCUGAGCACUAUAAAUAAAUCCUAACAUGCUCACUGGACAGAGAAAUGGUCUUUCUUCAUUUUUUGUUGGUUUUACCUGGUGUUCUUUUGGUAAGAAGUAGGAAUUAGUGGGUUUCUUUUUUUUUCCCUUAAUGUAUUUGAACUGUGGAUUAGAGCUGAGUUAAUUGCAAAUGCAGAUCAAUACAGCAUUAAUGCUCUGGUACUUGGUUGUGUUUACUUGCUUAAAAAUAGUGUAGUGGUAGUUCAAACAUCAAAAAGAGUAACAACUGAUCUAGUCUUAAAGAGCAGCAGCCUAUAAACUCUGCGCUGUGUGGAGGCACGUACCUCUAUGGUUUCAGGGCUGCAAAGUGUAUGUGAAGGUUUUUCUUCACCAUUAUUUUUCAAACUUCCUGCUUGGUAACAGGACACGUAUAAUCUAGACAAAUAAUUUAAUUGAAAAUAAUUGCUCUGGAUAAUUUGGUCUGCUUUGAAAAUCAAAGUUUAAAACCAGUAGUAACAUUGAAGUACAAGCCUGGAAUAGUAUUCAUGCUCAGAAGAGAAAAAAACCAACUUCUCUCCAUUUUCCCCAUCUUCCUUUUCAUCUCCCCAAAAGAGGUAGACUCUCAGUUGAUACGCUUCGAAAUAUCUGAUGUGUGCAGUCAGAUAUGAGCUUAUAACUGAUAUGAACUGAUGUUUUUUCUGUAUGUUGGUAGCAGUUGGGUUGCAGGUGGUGAUUUUAAGCCUUGCACAGCAUUACUGUAUCUGUGUCAGGAAGAGAAUAUGCUGCUUGAAGUUUAACAUCCUCUGCCAUCUCAUUUCUAGAACUGUCACGUAUGUUGGAUUUUAUCAUUAGUAAGACAUUAAAUUAGUUAUUGAAGAAAUGAGAUGUUGGACCCUCAUACUGUGGGCAAGUGUGCAUGAAGCUUUAUUAGGAAUUAAAUUCCAAUCUGUGUAGGACAGAACCUAUCUCUGUCUCUUUGGUGUUUGUGACAGUGAAUAAGCACACAGCUAAUAAUUCUCAGGUUUCAUUGCUAAGAGUAGGAGAAUCCCAGGAGCAGCUGAUGCUGAUGCUACCUGUGCAGCUUGCCUGGAGGGAUGCGUGAGAAGGGACUUGGCAUCUUUGUUCUGAGAAGGACCAAGCUUCACGGCUUCCUGAAUGAUUUCAGAGUCUGUCAGUUACUGUGCAAGGAGUCCGUGUGGUACACUCACAGGACCGUGGUUAGUCAACAGAUCGUGUCCUCAUUAAGAUUCUUCUUCAAGUUGGUUUAUUUUUCUUUGUGUUGAUGUAUUUCAUUGUUACCAGCAAUACAGGGCACCUGUGCCUGUAGUUGCUUGUUGCAAACCUGUUGGCUUCCUCAGAUUUGUGGUGGGGGGGGAAAAAUACACACACACACACAUAUAUAUACAUGCGCACACACACACAUAUAUAUACACACACAUAUGUAUGAGGUGUUUGAUGGAAAAUGGUAUAAACGUCUCAAAUCAAGAAGCACAUUCCCAAAUCUGCUUUUAUGUCCUAAUGUUAAUUAGGAAUAUCUAAGAAGAGUCAUGUAACACUGUUUUCCUGAAUGAGUGAGUGCUAAGUGGCAAGGACUAAACAACCACCUCUCUGCUACCAAAUCUCCAGGAUUUUGGGUUUUCAGCAGUCUAAAUUGAAAUACCAGUCCUUGCUUUGUAGACUGUAAGGUUCUAAUUGGAAAGUGUCAUACUCAGAGUACUUAAGGUAACAAAAAUAAUUUGUAACUCAACAGAUGACUAAGGAAUCAAAACACAGUAACAAGCUGCCUGUGUAAGGACAAGUAAGGAAAAGUUUUGUGCCUAUAUUUUCCCCAUAUUCCAUUAUAAACUAGUAAAGUAAUAAAUUUAUUUCAGGUAUGGUUAGUUCCAUGCCUGUAUGAAUGUGCUCAUACAUUGGUUCCCAGUGAUCUUGAAAAACAGAUUUCAUGGUGUAACCCUUUUCAUAGCCCAUGGGAGAAGGGUAGGAUCCUAGAAUGGUUUGAGUUGGAUGGAACCUUAAAGAUCCUCUAGUUCCAACCCUCUUCUAUAGGCAGGGGAUCAGGAUAAGGAGGAGGGUAAGUCAAACUUCCAUUUUACAGGAACUUGCAAUAAGGUUUCUGCCACAGAGGGAAAAGUGUUUACAAACUCUCCAGCAGAUUUCCUGUCUGGCAUAAUGCUAAUGAAUGAGCACAGAGUUGUAUUUCACUCUCCAGCCUGUUGCUGAGUGCCCUGUGACAGAUGCUGAAUGCAGCCUCAUGGAGCUUUUGUGAGUCCUGUGUGCUUGGGGAGGGCUUGGAGCUUUCCAGCCUCUGCAUGGACUCCAGUCCGUCUCCUGGGGUUGAUGGAAUAUUCAGUAUGACACCAUUUAAGUUUUUACAUGCCUAAUCCCUCAUGUGCGAGUAGUUUUCUGCUUUCUAAAGAAAACUCAGGUCCUUUAGGUACUGAAAUUCAGUAUUUUUUUAACCCAACUAGGAAUAUUUCCUUAAAUAUAAAGUUUCUUGGGUUUGCUUUUAAGGAGAAUUAUCUAUGCAAUCUCUGUUAAAUCCGUAGAAUGUAAAUCUCUGCACAUUAAAUAUACUGUGAUUAUAUUUAUGAUUAAGGUUAAUCUGUGUUUUGUAAAACAUUACCUAUUGGGUUGUGACAUGAGCUAACAUCUACUUCUCACAGGGAGGACUACUUGUUAGUGCUGGAACUUGUUCUGUAGAAAUACCUGAUUUGACACAAACCCAAGAUUUAUACGCAGAUACUUUAAAUGAUAUUUUAAGUGAUUGUUACUAUCCUUGAAGCUCUUCUUUUCUCUUACGCCUCUUAAAUAAGUAAAAGACUUCUAGUUCUUGAUUUAACUGGGUAUCUUCAGGAUAGUUGACUUUGAAAUUAUUGUGGGUAUCUUAAAUUUCUUCCCUCCCUGCCUUCCCUCAAAUGAGCUAAGAAUGGAUCAUCUGUUUGGUUUCUUUGGUGAAGGUGUUACCAUUUAGAUUCCUUUGUUACAUUUUUGUGGUUUAUAGAACAGUGUUAUUUCGCAAGAGCACUGGUUGUCUGUAGAAUUAACUAUUUGUAGUUGUUUGGUGGUGGUGGUUUUUUUCCUUCUUUUUUCCUUCCAGGUAAACGCAGUGAACACAUGCUGGCAGUGUUCUUUCUUUUCCCUCAGAGUGAGCAGGUUUCUGUUUCUGUCUCUAUCUUCCAAGUACCCCAGUGUGUGACUUUGCUCUUGCAGCCCCUGUGCAGGGGAUGCCAGCACUGCUCUGGGGGCUGGUGAGCAGGCUGGGCUCCCCUCCAGGUCCAGAGUGCACCCAAACUGUGUUGAGGCUUGGCACUGCUGGCAUUGGGGAUUUUCCCUUCUACAGAGCAGCGGGCCAGCCAGAUCACAAGGGCAAUUGUGUAUUUGGCAAAACACUUGGAGUGUUUUUUCAGGGCACACCAUGGCCCUGCUGCCUGUGAAGGGCUGGAGGAUGUGGCUGUGUCGCUGUGGGUCACAUGUGAGGCCAUGGCCACCAUGGCAGCCUGAGAAUGUGUGGCUGUCAGUCUGCCUGGGGCAGUCUGAGCAUCCCAUAAUUACAUCAGAUCUCUUCAUCCUUGGGCAUUUCUGGCCUUCUCGGUUUUUGUCACUUACUAAUUCUGCAUCUUGCACAUCACCCCCACGGUAACGUCCUGACUGUGGGGGAGAAAGUGAGGUUGGACACAUUUGGCAAAAGCUCUUGCUCAGAAUGAAUGGAUUAGGAAGAAAUGUGCCGUUGGUGUUAAUUAUGCCAGCUCUUGCUGCAGAUCUGAUUUGUUAGCGUGAUUGCAUGUCUUGGUGGUGAUAAGCAUCCAGCCAGGAGCUGGGGUCAUUGCAGCAGGGCAGCAUCACAAUGGAGACGAGUGAGUCAUUUCUAUUCUUAGUCUGCUUCUCAACCCAAUCAAUAAUGCAGCCGUGUUUUAUGAUUACAGAAGAAGAAAGUAAUAAUACAACCAUGUUUCUUACUUACAAAAGAAAAAGUAAUUAUGAUCAUCUCUAUUAAACUAUAUCCCAAAUUUCUGUGCACAUGCAGUAGGAACUUGCAAAAGUGCAGCCAGAAUAACAGCAAGUUGGUUGGGACCUUAAUGCUUUAAAAAAAUGCAUUAUUUAAUGCUAAUGCUUUAAAAAAAUUAAUUAUAGUUCUGGUGCUUUAUAAAAAUUAAAUUGCUAUUUUGAUCUUGGAUCAGGUAAUAGGAAAAUAAACAGUUCAGUUGUUUAUCUUCACACUUAAAAACUGAAACCUGAGAUAGUAAGUUUUGCAUUUAUAUUUCUUGCAGUGUUCAAUUCCAAACAGGAUUUAACAAUUCAGUACAAAUUUCCAUGUGACUCAAGCCUGUAAACUCAAAUCUUUUUUUCAUUUCAGUAAAAUUUUUCUAAUUCAUGUUUAUGGUCAGUAAUUUGAGGCUGUGGACUCCCCAUCCCUGAAAGUGCUCAAGGCCAGGUUGGAUGGGGCUUGGAGCAGCCUGGUCUAGUGGAAGGUGUCCCUGCCUUGGGGAGUUGGAAAAAGAUGGUCCUUAAAAUUCCUUCUAACCCAUAACAUUCUGUGAUUCUAUGCAUUUAUUACCCACAUACAUUUUUUACAAGUCUCUGUGAUAUUUUUUUCAAAUAAAGAAUAUUUGUAACUUUAAAAAUAGUGCAUGUAUGAUCCAAUGCCUAUUUCUGUGGAGUUAGGACAACAUACUGAAUUUUUUCAGCUGUUAAGUUUAUUGUAGAGCAGAAUAAAGAAAUUAGUACCAAACUUUAGUAGUAAUCCACUUCCUCAGAGAUGCAGUUUUUUUAAUAUACUGUAAGAGGAUGAUGAGGUUUAAAAGAUUUAUUAUAAUACUGCAUUUUAUGGACAGUAUCUUAAUAUUUGCAUUAAGUAAAAUUUGUCCUGGAGCCUUGUAGAAGCGUUUAUCUUCAGAGAAGUCUGUCACUGCAGAUUGCUUGAGUGGCAAGUUUCUUGUUCUUUGAUCAUUACUUAAUGUAAUCCUGUCAGAGGCUGGAGGUAGAGUGGGGGAUCUCAUAAUUGGAGGGAAUUAAGUCGCAUUUCAAUAUACUGGAUCAAACCCAUUAGGUGCUUUACUAUCACCAAUCCUUUUCUUUUUAAAUGCUAUAAAACACUGUGGGUCUUUUAUAAUCUACUUUAGACUACCAGGUAAAUUUGCUGAUAUGGUACCUUUUAUUGAUACAAACCAAGUAAGACUGACUUAGAGCAUGUCUCCAGCUGCCUGUUGUUAAACCUGGACAGUUUCACUGGCUUCUGUCUGUUUGGAAUAUCAGUUAAUUGUGAUGAGGCUGUGGCUGAUCUUGUGAGUGGCUGAAAUGAGCUGGAGGAAGGGUCUCUUUGCAGCUCAUUGCUUUUUAUUGUGUUUGUGUCCAUACUUCCUCUUUUUGACACUUUUAAAAGAUACCUGACAGAAUUCUAAUUUUAUUAACUAGUGGGAAGCUGAGAGAGUUGGGGUUAUUCAGCCUGGAGAAGAGAAGGCUCUGGGGAGACCAUAGAGCACCUUCCACUGCCUGAAGGGGCUCCAGGAGAGCUGGAGAGGAACUUUGGACAAGGGAGGAUGGCUUCAGGCUGACAGAAAGAGUUAGUUUAGAUGGUAAUAGGAAGAAGUUCUUUACUGUGAGGUUGGUGAGGCCCUGGCACAGGUUGCCCAUAGAAGUUGUGUCUGCCGCAUCCGUAGAAGUGUUCAAGGCCUUUUUUGAUGGGGCUUGAAGCAACCUGGGAUAAUGGAAGGUGUCCCUGCCCAUGGCAGGGGCUUGAGACUGGUUAUUUUCUAAGGUCCCUUCCAACCCAAACCAUUCUGUAAUUCUGUGAAUCAAGACACAAUUCUGGACUUGCUGAAAUCUGUGGGUCUUGCAGUGCACUUAAAGGAUACAGAAAUUAGUGUUGUCGUUAUCUCUCUAGAGAUGUUGUGUGAUACAAAGAGAUAAUGCAGGUUGCUUCUUCCUGAUGCUGUUUUUUUUUUUUCUGAUCUCCAUCUUUAAUUUUGCAUGGCCCAGGUGGGAUCCCAGCUCUCAGGUGCUCAGGAGCAGGCAUGUGCUCAGGUUCCAGAGCAUGUGCCAGAGCCUCUGUUAGCCAGGCACCCUGUGCUGGACAGGACCCUGGAAAAGUCUACGUAUGCUGUUCCUGUUUGCAGCUCUUCUAAACUGCAAUUUUCCGUGUUUCUUACUUCUGUGAUCAAAAGAAGCAUCUGCAGCAUGUUCACUUCCUGUGUGGGCCUCUCUGGGUUUGGUUUGUUGUGGGCUGCACACAAAGGACACGUGGGUGUGGAUCCGGCACUGUCUGGUGGAGGAGAUGUACGUGGAUGAAGCCCCCGCUUUCUGCAAAGGAAAAUUACUGUUAGGCUGGGCUUUGGGUGGAGGAGGAGGAGGCUGUGACUCAGGUAGUGGUUAAGCGGCUCCCUUAACGAAUGGUGUAGAGGUUUCUGCUUCCCAGGCCUUCUGGGGAAGGGUCUGCAGCGUGAGUCUUGAUGAGGAGUGGCCGAGGGAGCUGGCAGGGAUCAGCCUGGAGCAAAGGACCUUAUCAUCCUCUACAGAAAGAGGGUAAUAGGAAGAAAGGACCUUAUUACCCUCUACAGCUAACUCCCUGACAGGAGGCUGAAAUCACAUGAGGGUUGAUCUGUUCUCCCAGGUAACAAGUGAUGGGAUGAGCAGAAACAGCAUCAGGUUGAGACGGGGAAUGUUUGGGUUGCAUAUUAGGAAAAAUUUCUUCAUAGAAAGGGUUGUAAAGCAUUGAAACAGGCUGCCCAGGGCGGUGGUGGGAUCACCAUCUCUGGAAGUGUUAAAAAAAAUCUGUGAGUAUGGCAGUGAGGGUAUGGUUUAGUGGUGAACGUGCUGGUGGUGCUGGAUUGAUGGUUGAACUUCCUGAUCUUGGAGGUCUUCUCCAGCCUUAAUGAUACUGUGAUUGUAUGAUUUUACUGCUUCACUGGUGGAGCUGGAAGCAGCCUCUGGCAGGGUCCCACUGGCAUGCAGCAUGGGAACCUGUGCUCAGCAUCUUGAACUAGCCCUGGUCUGCUGAGGUGUCCUCAGGCACUUCCCCCUGCUUUUGUAAGCAAGGGGAAAAUUGCCAAAUGCGUGUUCUCUCAUACUUCAUUUUACAUAUUGAUUUUGUCUGCUCAUUUUGUCAGCAGUGUUACUUUCAAGGGCUCCUUGAAAGUCUGCCGCUGGUUAUGGUGGUCAUUAGCAAAACACCAAUCCUCAAAGUGUGCUGUGCAUUAAAAAUCUUCCUAGGAAUUUCCAUAGACCACUGGUGUUUCCCAAUCCAAUUAAUGAGCACUUGCAGUUUCAAGUGAGUAAUGACUUGAAUAGGCUGUGGAGAAAGUACGAAAAUACUUAAUAUAAAUACUGCCCUUUGGUUAAAAUCUGUGUUUUUCAGAUUAUUAUUUUUUUUUGAACUAACAACGUAAUGCAACAUGUCAACCCCAAUUUGUCCAUAAUGAAAGUGGUUGUUUUUCAGACCUUAUAUUCAGGAGUCUCCAUAAAGAUUUUAUGGACUGGACAAGCCAGUUAUAUGUAAACUGAUUUACAGGAAUCACCUCAGUUUGGAGGUGACAUGUGCAGCUGUGUAACAGCAGUUAAAAGUGAUGCACAAAUGAAACUACAUCAGACUGAAACUUGGGAGGGUUUAUUUUAAGCAAGCACCUGUACUUACUGAAAUCUGGCUGCUGGCAGUAGUAUACAGCCCUUUUCAUAGCCCUGGAGAGAGCCUGUGGUGGGGGGUGAUGCCACAGCGUUGGGAUGUGGCAGCUUUCUGCUGCUGGGGAGAGCUACACUCUGAGCUUGGUAAUAGAGCCCAUCUUCUUGGCUCUUCAGGGCCAGGUUGAACAAGGCUUGGGGAGCAGCCUGGUCUAGGUGAAAGGGUCCGUGCCCACGGCAAAAGGGUUGGAACAAGAUGAGCUCUAAUGUCCCUCGCAACCUGUUCUAUGAUUCUUGCCUCAACCACCUGUUUUUGAAACUUUCUCCAUCUCGAGUAAUUUUAGCAGUCAGCUGCACAUCUGCUCCCUCCCCUGUGAUGGGUUGAUGAUGGGCCCCCUGAACCCACAGCAGAUUUGUGUUGCCCUUUCCUUGCUCAGCGGAGCAGCAAAACUGUACUUGUUUGUGAUUAUUCAAGAAAAACUUGUGGAUAUUUUUACACUAAUUUCCUACUUGCAGUCUAAACACAUCAGUCUUUUUACCUGGUGAGCACUUUGACCAGGAAGCCUGGACCUGUUUGGAAGCAGAUCCAGAGCACAGUCUGUUCUUUGUGGGGAAACCAGCCUGCUCUGUUGACUGGGAUGAAUCUGAAAAGUGCUGAAACCUUGACCUCAGCAGGUGCUGAGAGUAUUGUGGGAGCGAUGUGCUUUUGAGGCAGAAAAACCUUUCAAAACUUGUAAAUAUUUUGCAAAUUGAUACCACAAGAGGUAAAAAUUCACUCACUGAAAAAUUCAGUCACAGUGCUGGUUUGAAAGCAAACCAGUUGGAGAUCCCAAGUCAGAACUACAAUUAAAUAGGUAAAUUAAAUUAAAAUAAAAUGCAGUACUACAAAAACAUUGACAGUCAGAAUACAGCCUGACACCCUAUGGAUCAGGGUGUUGGCAGCAGCCCCAUUAAAUGGUGGGUGCAGCCCUCCUGCUGUGACAGGUGUGAUUCUUUUGGAACAGUGAUUCUGGAAAAGGGUGGAGUUUUCCUCUGAAGGUCCACUGGUGAAGUUGAUGGGCCUGGUCUUCCUCUGGGAAUCCAGUGGGAAAAGGCUGCCUGUGGUGUUCCAAACCUCAGAUUCUAUCCAGGUAGGAAUGCUUGGCUCCCGCCUGGGCAGAGCAUCUCCCAAUGGGAUGAUGUAAUUUUAUCAGUCAUGCAGGGACACUCAGUGGCCCAUUCACACAAGAUAUCCCCCUGGAACAAGGAUGGGUCAUGGAAGAGAUAAAGAAUUCUGCCCCACCUGGUUUCCACAGAUGGUAAUAGAAUACAUACUUUUGGUUACAUCUUGCAUUGCAACCUAAGACAGCUCUCCACACAAUAACCAGUUAUUUGUUUCUUUCUCCUUUUACCACAUAGGCAGAUUUACGCCAUUGUAGAAAUUAACUCAGUUGCUUGGAAAAUGCCUGAGAAAAUAUUUUAUGUAGCAUGUUCAGGGAGUUAAUCUGUUUUGAUGGACCCUAAGGGUUUGGGUGGCAGUUCCAAAGUCAUUAAUUCUUUAUAAGCAAGCUCUUAUGCAAACUCGAUGGAGAAUGAUGUGUGAAGGUUGUGCCUGCUGCUCAUAACUGCGUUGUGUCACUUGGGGGUUGAUGGUAAAGAUGCUCUGCACCAGGGAGAUAUUUUGUUUCUUUUGGAGACUUAAAAAUCUUUUGUGUAUGAGCUGCAGUUCCUUUUCUGAUCCUUGUUUUUAACAUUAUUGUUUCAGUCUCUUGAAAUGACAUAUUGGGUGGCUUCUUGUAGGGAAAUCUGACAGUGUAGUAGCCAGCAAGCUGGUCUCCCUGUGUGCAGGGAGAUGGUAGCAUCCAUGGAUCUGUUUUUUAUUUUGUGUCUUCCAUCUGGGCUGCUUCUGUCCAAUAUGCUCUACUCAAAUGUAACAGCCUGGUUGUAGUCUCACUUGUAGCCAACUCAGCCUUCCACUUAGGUUUAGGUUUCUCCUGCCUUAGAGAAAAGUAGUCCUGUGAAGGGUUAAUUUGUAUAUUAGCCUUUUAAAUUUGUAAGUUGGAGUUGUUGGGUUGAAUGCCACAUAGCGCUGAAGGAUUUCUUUGAAAGGCUGUGAUGGUGUUGUCUUCAACUUUGUGUUCAAGGUGAAAUGGAUUUCUGAUUUAGAAUAUGAAAAUUCACAUCAACUCAGUAAUGUUCUUUAUAAGCCUUGUGGACCAGUUUAGAAUAGAGAAUAUCCUGAGCAAUUUUCAAUAAAAAUCACCAUCAGGAAAUGUCAGUGCAUAAUUAUAAGCAUUUGGAUGCUCUGUUUUCCUUGGAGAAACUUGGCAUGAAGACCACUGCAUGUAGGAGAGAAUAGCUGCAUAAGUAUCUUUGGUUUUGGCAUAGAACUGAUUACUAUCUAAUGACAUUUAACAGCAUUUUUAGUUUUAUAUUUGGUAUGUGGCAUCUCUCUUAAUAGUGAUAUGUCUGACACUAGACUAAAUGGGACCACCACUGUAUCUUGUCAUUGUUCCUUACCUUGUUCUUGAAAGUCAGACUUGUUUUUGUUGCUGAGUAUUGAUGGGUUUUGUUCUUAUGUGAUGAAGUUUCUAGUUGAAGGUAAAAUAGCCACAAUACUUCUAUUGUCUUUAUGAUUUUGAUUUUGUUUCUUUUAAAGUUUGGUUAGCAGUUGUGGUUUGUCAACUUGGAGUUCAGGUAUGGCAUCUGGCUCACCCCUUGCUUUAUCUGUCAGAUCAGUUUCUCAGAUUGGGUGAGAAUAACUGGGGUUUUCCUGCAGUUUUGCUCUCAGUGGAGGGAGGACCCCAAAUGACGCUGGGGAAAACUUUUCUCUGAGCAUACUCAGCUUUGCAUUUUUAAAGGUGAUAAAGGCUGGAUUUUACUAGAAAAUAAGAAAGUUUAGAAAUUGCUGUACCGUGGUGCUCCAUCUGACGACAGAAGCUUUGCAGAGCAGCUGUGGGGUCUGUGCUGUGUUUCCCCAGCAUGGCUGGUCUGGGGAUCCAGAUCUCAGGAUCUGCAGACCCUGAGUGCCUGGUACCCUCCCUGUUAUUCCCUGUUCAUUCUGUUACAGAACUCAGGUAAUGCUGAGCCUGGCUGGUCCCAGCCUGGGUCCGGGGCCGGCCAGACUGUUUGCAUGAAGUUGUGCCUGAGCACAGACAGGUCUGUCGGGGUGGAACUCCUUCACUCUUCAAACUGGAUGCACUGACCACUAAUAAAUGAGAGUGGACUGUUCAAAAUUACCCUUGCUUAGGAGAGAAAUUUUGGUAGGAGGAGUCAAAUCCCUCCCCUCUUCCCACUUGCAGCUUCCAGUUUGGUGUUAAACCUCAAGCAAAAAGACAAAAGAAAUACUGAAAGUGGCAUUUCCAUGAUAUUUUUUUUAACCUCAUCUGUGGACUUAAUGCAUUAUUCUGAAGGUCGUUUAAUCAGAAGUCUUUUUCUUGUGAAAGGUGUGGUAGUACCUUAUGUUUUAAAUAGGCUUAAUCUACUUGGUUUAACCUGCGAUGCUGUUUUGAAUAACUGAGGGAAGAAAAAGUGGUAUUUUUUAUGGUUUUUUUAAUCACCUUUUGCAGAAUGAGAAAAAUACAUAUGCACCUUCAUGGGUUUUGCAAAUGGGAUACUCCACCUGGCUUCCAGGUCACUGUCAGCUGAGGAAAUCACAGCCAGGUCCAUGUUAGGUUUGGGAGGUGAUGUCUGCCAGGAAUCUAGAUUUGAGACUAGAUUGAGGUUAUGUUUAGUGAGCAAAAUCCUAAAUGUGUUUGGGAAAUUUUACUGUGGGAUAUUAGCUAUUUUGUCCUUUCUGUGUCUAUGAGGAGAUUCAGUCCCCCAGACUGACCUUCUUGGGGUUGGUAUCCACACCUUUUCACCACCAGGGAUUUUUGGGUCGCAGACCUUCCCAGACUUCCCCACCCCUUGCCCAAAUGAGAUGUCAGGAAGGAAGGGAGGAGUGUGGUAUGAAUCAUCUCAGUUCAGACGGUUGAAAGGAACUUAAUUUGUGUGAGUCCAUAGCAAAGGGGGCUUCCCCCUUCCCCAGCAGUGCCGUCAGCCCUGCUUGUGAUGCGGAUCAUGCUCUGCCCGGCUCUGCAGAGUGUGUGAGCGAGACAGAGCUGCAGGAGAGAGCUGUAAUUUAUAAACGUAUUAUAAACCAUAUAAAUCUGAAUCAUUUUAAAUAGAAGAUGACCUUUCCCUGCUUAACACAGUAGCUGAAAAAAAGAGUCGGGGUAGUGUGAAAGCAGUGGAGAAAUUCAAUCCAUGGUGCCUUUUUAUUGUUCCUCCUGUGUUGCUGGUGCUAUAUUUAGAAGCUUACAUCACUUAAGGAAUGAUGACAGACUCUGCCCUCCCCCUCCCGCUCUCCCCCUGCUCUCCCUCGCUCCUUCCCUUAGGAUGGAUCAUGUUUUCAUACUACUUAUGAGUCCUACAGAUCUUGGGGUAGGAUUUUUCUACAGCCUCUUUGUGAGCGCUACCGUGGAUAGGGACAUGUGUAAGGAUGCGAUGGCACCACGGAAUGUCGCCCUGAAGGGCAGCAGGAGCUUGUGGUGCUGCUUUCCCUGCCUCCCCUUCCUAAAGAGUCAGGAACAGGGUGGAGGUUGUAUGUUUUUUCCUUUUUUCCUGAGAAGCCCUAGUGAGGGGCUGACCAUGCCACGACAAUACAAUGAGUUGUUCUUGGUGUUUAAGUUCAGAGGUGGGGAGAACUUCUGAGCAGCAUGGCAGUGACACUGAAUCCAGUGAGCUGUGCCAGCAUGGCAGGGUCUGCAGCAGGCUGUGCCUUCUGCACCCUCGCUCCCCAUUGCCUGUCUGUCCAGAAAGAUGUAAAGUACUCAAAUCUGUGGAAAUAACCUCUUGAUGCAGGUGCCCUUAAUGCUAAAAUAUUUCUGCAUUAUGCUGCUGUGUUUGGCAAUUUCCACUCAGAAAACUCUAUUAAAAUGAAUUAUUUUAGCCUGAAACAUCUUUGCCUGAGUGUGUGCAGUGACAGAUCUCCUUCUGAGCAGCGGUUGCCUUCCCAGCCCCCGCCAUGGGCUUGGAGUCAGGAUGAGACCAGAGCUGCUGCACUGGAAAUGGUGGGGCCACUGAAGGUGCCUGCUCGUGUCCGAGCCCUGCAGGAAGCUGUGUGGCAGGGACAGUGUGCCAGCGGCCGCCUGCCUCUGAGGACAAAAGGACAGAAGUCCUUAAGCCCAGCUCGAAGCCCCAGGCCCCUCGGCCGGCAGCUCCUGCCUGGUCAGCCAGGGCCGUGAUGGCUUUGAGACUGUCCCCGUCCUCCCCGCUGGAAUUGCACAAUGGGCUUUUCUUCCUCUGAUUGAUCAGGAAAAAGUCCUGCUGCUUGUGGGGUACCUCUGCCAGCAGCUGCCGGUGCUUCCCGCCUGUGCAGGGCUUGCAUUUGUGGUGUCCUUAAAAAAGGGAAGGCUCUAAUCCUGCCUAACUGAAUGUGCAUUUAAAUUAUGAAAGGCUUUACUAUCCUUUUAAAAACAUCUCAUUUUUCAGUGACUUACUCUUGUUAGACAAUUAGAACGUGCAGAUUUGGUUAACAGUCUGGAGGAUUCAGGUAGCAUUAUGGGAGGAUAAAGGGAAUGAUGCAGAGAAAUCUAUGGAGUGGUAUUUCAGCAUGGAAAUAAAUCAGUGUUAAGGAACAAAGACUCCCUUUACUACAGAGAUUGUAUACAGAUUUUUCCUUAAGAUCUUCCAAAAACUUGGAUUCUGGCUUAAAAUGUGACUGGUGAUUCUGUUUGUGAUUCUGCUCAAUGCUGCAGCUCUUCUCAAGUAUUUCAGUUGUGAUCACUACCAAGGCUUUGUAUCAGAUUUUUUCUUCAUCUCAGAUUUGCUCUAGUUUUUGAGAUUUGUCAUUAAACAGACGAUUUAUAAAAAACUUACAUAUCCAUGCUGCUGGGAGCUGGAGCUGCAGGGAGAGGCAUGUUUAAAAAUAAAUAAAUAAUAAAUGGAAGCAGAACGGAGUGGGGGGAUGCCCCAAAAGCCGGGGUGUGGAAGUAGGUCAGGUUUUCCCCCCACCCGGGGCUGGGUGGGCAGGGCUGCGCAGCGUGGGCUGCAGCCCCCCGGGACCCCUGCUGCCGCCGUGCUCAUUGGCAGCGCGGCCACAGGGAUGAUGUCAUCUGCACUUAAAGGCAAAACCAGGAGGAAAUAGAAUUUCGUUCCCAUUAUUGAGCUGGUGUUUACAGUAGUUGUAAAAUACGGCAUCUGCGCCAAAAUCUCUGCUGGAUCGGGUUUGCUGCACAAUGCAGCAGGAUGAGUCUGGGAGGUGGAGAUCUGCCCGGAGAGCUAUCAGGGGCACGCAGGCAGGGAGAGGGUUCUUUCAGCUGCAUGGGUUCUUUUCUCCUUGAUAUAAAUUGUGAUUAUGCUAGCCAUAAUGCAGGUAACACCACAUGGAAGUGUUUGGGUGCUCAUUGCUGCUGAGGAUUUAUCACUGUAGCAUUACAGACAUUUAAGAUGCUUCUAAAUACAAUUUUAUGAAUAAUUAGAAAAGAGGUAAUACAGUCGUGUGUAAGAUGAAGCUCACAUAUCCAGUCUAUUGUUUAGUAUUGAAAAAGCAGUAAAAGAAACAGCUAUUUGUGUAGCUGUGCAGUGCUUUGUAAAAAUUUAAAGUAGUUAAAAUGCUUUCAGCUUUUAGAAAUCAAAUAGACUUCAUGUUUGCAAAUAUUGCAAGCGCAGGAUUGAAGUUCAGAUUGUCCUUUAUGUUUAAAUACAAAUUAAACUCAGUAAUAUUUAUGGACCUGGUUGCAUUUAUGAUUUUUGUUGUUUGAUAAGAGGUUGAGUAAUUCAGACAUUGAUGCCAAUUUUUUCCUUUUAGGAUAGUUUAGGAAGGCAGCUGGGGAAGGUCUUUCUGGGUUAAGGUGCAACUCCUAUCCUAAGUGUUUGACUUGGUGAUCCUUGUAUGUCUCUUUCAACUCCAGAUAUUCUAUGUUUCUGUGAUAAUUUGGGUUAUAUACCGGGAAGAAUUCAGCUCCUGGAUGACUGCUUAGGAGUUGUUGGUGUGAGAUGGAGAGUGGUGCCCUGUUUGGUACAACUUGGCUUCAAAGAUUUGAGAAUCUCCUUCUGUGUGUCCCUUGGCACAGGAGAUGAAAAGAGCUUUCUCUGGAGUGCUCAAGCUGCCUGAUUCAAUAUUCAAAAAUAAGCAAGCUGACAAGACAAAAAAGGCGUUUUUGGCCCUCACUACCAGCGGGCCCCCCUUGGCAGCUCCAUUUGUGCACAGGAGGUACAGCCAUUGUGGGCUACUUUUGAUUUGGAGAAUUGCCCUCAAGUCUGAUGUGGCGUCAAAAAUUCUUUCCAAAAAGAGGAAAACAGUAACAGUGACUGUCCCUUCUUGCAGAUGAAGAAAAUCAUCCCGAGACCAAAAUAAAGGCUUUAACAGAACCUGCACCCUCUGUCCCCUUGCCUGUCUCCUCCCUCCUUCCCUCCCUUGCGCAGCAGCAGAAGUCAUUUACCUUCUAGGAACCGAAAGCGUCACGGCAGGCCCGGCUCAAAGGUGUGGGAUCUCAGAGAUCCUUCCUUGGAGCAUCUCUCCAGCAUACUGGGCUGCCAUCCAAGACUUUAAGCUCCUUUCAAAUAUAUCAGUUUUUACUUGCAAAAAGAGAUUAUAGAACUAAAUUGACGACUGCAGAAUUAAAGCAAAUUGGGUUGGAAACAGAACUGGUCUUGACUGAGCAGGGAAAAAAACCCCACCCUCCAAAACUUUUAAAAAGUGUUCCGAAACCGUGAAAACUAUGAGAAUUAUAAACCUCACUUUUUAAUAAGAAAUUGACUUCUAAUUCUGGAUAAAAUCUCUGUAUUGUGUAGGAUGAGAUAAAAGUGUUAGAGAGUCUAGAGACUCUUUUAUGUGACACGUACAUAAAAGCAAAAUUUUUUUAUUGUGAGCCGAUGAUGCAUGUGUCUGUGUGCAUGUGAAUGGCUGCAGAUAUUUAUUUUACUUUUUUAAAAAUCUGAAUGCAGAGAUGAAAAUUAAUCCACCUAAAUGCUGCUGAAAGUGUUAGUAGAUACAUGUGAUUAAUUAAAAAAAUAAUUAUUUAGAAAAAGGAGAAUAGUCAGAGUUCCAGCACAUCCCUGAAUAGAUAUAAAAUUACAUAAAAGCUGAUGUGCAGCAGGGUGUUUGCUGAGCAGUUGUACUGAUAUGUGUGUUUAUAUUAGGUCAAUAAAGAUGCUCUGUUGGCUGCAUCUGCAGAUCCAGUAGCCAAUUGAUCUAAUGCAGUUUCUAAAGGCUUUCUAUACAGGUGAUGUCAUCCUUUUAGCUCCGUUCCCCUCCCACUCUCUUUCCUCCUUAUUAGAUAUUUCAUCUUGCUGCGGAGCAUCCAAUCGAUGGGAGCUUCUCCUGAGGGAGCUGCUGAGAAGCAAGCAAAGAUAGUAGGAAUUAGGACUCCAGCAGUCAGCCUUGCUGUAGCUAUGGACGUCCUGUUUUGUUUGGCAUUACAGAAAUGUUUUAAUUGGAAAAGCUAGGCGUGGAUUAGUCGUGCUAUCUGACUGAUGCAUUAGAAUACUAAGCGACACUGCAGAGUUGUAAACGGCAUUAAAAAAAAAGAAGGAGGGGGGGCAAAAAAGAAAAGGGUUUGUAUUGCAGAGGCUUUUAGUACAUUCCACAGUGCAAACCUGUUAGAGCAUAUAUCCUGGAGCUACGCUACGGAUGUGAAUUCAAUUCCUGCAUUUAUGAUGGACAUGAGUAUAAAGAAGAAACUUUAAUAUCCCAGGGUGUGGGAUUCCUGGAUCGCCUAAGAUGCUGAAGAACCUUUGCAAAAUUUCAUCUACAGUAUUAGUAUGAAGUUUCUGAAAAGUGGACCCGAAGAUAAGCCACUUGUAAAUGCAUUUUAGAAGAGAAAAAAGAAAUUUGAAGAAUUCAUACCUUGCUUUUUAAUGUAUUGUUGCUUUAACCUGCAGUUCUAAUCCGUUUCUGAAUUAAUUCAAUUUAAGCAUCACUUUUUGGGUGCGUGCCUCUUGCCUGGAGGAACGUAUGGAUAUUUGUAUUUGAGAAGCUAGGAAACAUUUUGAUUUGAAUUUAUGUGCUUGUUAAAACUGGAACAUUUUUAUAGGAAUUGCUGCUGCUGCUGCUGCUAACUCCCUGCAAUACUGAAAACUCCUCAGAUCUAGUGGAAGCUGUAAUCGAAUUCAGUGUGAAAUCCAAGCCUGAGAAGUUGCAUAUAUGUACAUUGCUGCUUUAUGAUUUUUAAAGAGAAAGCAGAAGGGAUUUUUCUCAUUUUUUCCCCCUGUGGCUUUUAUUUGAGAAAGGAAACUUUUUUUCCUCAGCCUAAGAAAUGGCUUUUCUUGUUCGAUGUUACGCCAACUGCCUGCAGCCCUGGGCCUCCAAACUUCCAGCUGACCUCACCAAGAUGCAUCUCACAGACAAUCCUCAUCCCCAGGUGACGCACGUCCCUUCGAGCCAGUCAGGGUGCAGCAUUGCCAGUGACUCUGGGAGCAGCAGCCUGUCUGAUAUUUAUCAGGCUACAGAAAGUGAGAUGGGAGAUGUUGAUUUAACGGGUCUCCCGGAAGCACCUGUAGACUCUGAAGAUGAAGAAGAGGAGGAGGAUGAAGAUAUUGACAGAACUUCUGAUCCACUUCUAGGGCGAGAUGUUGUCCGAGAGUGCCUUGAGAAAGAGCCUGCAGAUAAAACUGAUGAUGACAUCGAACAAUUAUUGGAAUUCAUGCAUCAGCUCCCUGCCUUUGCGAACAUGACCAUGUCUGUGAGGAGAGAACUGUGCUCAGUGAUGAUAUUUGAAGUCGUAGAGCAAGCAGGAGCCAUCAUACUUGAAGACGGCCAGGAACUUGAUUCUUGGUAUGUUAUUUUAAAUGGCACAGUAGAAAUCAGCUAUCCUGAUGGGAAGAGUGAGAGUCUCUGUAUGGGAAAUAGUUUUGGGAUUACUCCCUCACUGGACAAACAGUACAUGAAUGGAGUGGUCAGAACCAAAGUAGAUGAUUGUCAGUUUGUGUGUAUAGCCCAGCAAGACUACUGGAGGAUUCUGAACCAUGUAGAAAAAAACACUCACAAAGUGGAGGAGGAGGGAGAAAUUGUGAUGGUAAAGGAGCACAGGGAGCUGGAUCGCAGUGGAACCAGGAAAGGACACAUAGUUAUCAAGGCAACACCUGAGAGACUCAUCAUGCACUUAAUAGAGGAACAUUCUAUUGUGGAUCCAACCUACAUCGAAGAUUUUCUUUUAACAUACAGAACAUUUCUAACAAGUCCCUUGGAAGUUGGAAAUAAACUCUUGGAAUGGUUCACAGUGGACAGCCUCAGGGAUAAGGUUACCAGAGUAGUGUUACUGUGGGUGAACAAUCAUUUUAAUGACUUUGAAGGGGAUCCUGCCAUGACUCGAUUCCUGGAAGAAUUUGAAAAGAACUUGGAAGAUACGAAAAUGAAAGGCCAUCUCAGAUUGCUGAAUAUUGCCUGUGCUGCCAAAGCAAAAUGGAGACAAAUCACCCUGCAAAAACCUUCCAGAGAUUCUCCCCUGUUUUUCAGCCUUCUUGGAGGCAGUGACAAAGGGUUUGGUAUUUUUGUAGAGACUGUGGAGGUAGGCAGCAAAGCAGCAGAAGCUGGACUUAAGCGUGGUGAUCAGAUAAUGGAAGUAAAUGGACAGAAUUUUGAGAACAUUACCUUUGUAAAAGCUCUGGAAAUCUUAAAGAAUAACACACAUCUCUCAAUUACUGUAAAAACAAACAUUUUUGUGUUUAAGGAGCUGCUCUGCAGGAUAGGACAGGAGAAGAAUGGAAUUCCACAUAUUCCAAAAAUUGCAGAAAAGAAAAACAACCGUUAUUCUAUCCCAGAUAUGCCUGGAGAUGUGGAACAGAUGUUUCCCCGUGAAAAAGGAAACAAGAAAAUGAAAGCAAACACUGUAUCUGGUGGAAGAAAUAGAAUCAGGAAAAUUUUAGACAAGACCCGUUUCAGCAUCUUGCCUCCAAAACUGUUCAGCGAUGGCAGCGUGAGCCAGUCACAGGAUGACAGCAUCGUGGGGACACGGCAGUGCCGGCACAGCCUGGCCAUCAUGCCCAUUCCAGGCACCCUUUCAUCUAGUAGCCCUGACCUGCUGCAGCCCACAACCAGCAUUCUGGAUUUCUCUAACCCUUCAGCUGUUGGGUUUUACUAUAUUCCAGAUCAAGUGAUACGAGUUUUCAAAGCAGAUCAGCAGAGCUGUUACAUCAUCAUCAGCAAAGACACUACAGCAAAGGAGGUGGUGAGUCAUGCUGUCCAUGAGUUCAACCUGACAGGAGCCCCUGAGACCUAUUCCCUGUGUGAGGUGUCCGUCAGCCCCGAGGGCGUCAUCAAACAGCGGCGCCUCCCGGAUCAGUUCUCCAAGCUGGCCGACAGGAUCCAGCUCAAUGGACGGUAUUAUCUGAAAAACAAUAUGGAAACAGAAACCUUAUGCUCAGAUGAGGAUGCUCAAGAGCUACUCCGAGAGAGCCAAAUUUCCCUGCUGCAGCUGAGCACCAUUGAGGUGGCCACUCAGCUUUCCAUGCGGGACUUUGAAUUAUUCCGCAACAUCGAGCCGACGGAGUACAUCGAUGACCUUUACAAGCUGGACUCCAAAACAGGGAAUGCUCACCUGAAACAGUUUGAGGAUGUCAUAAAUCAAGAGACCUUCUGGGUUGCCAUGGAAAUUUUAGCAGAACCCAACCAGCUCAAAAGAAUGAAGAUUAUUAAGCAUUUCAUUAAAAUUGCUCUCCACUGUCGAGAAUGCAAGAACUUCAAUUCCAUGUUUGCGGUGAUAAGUGGGUUAAAUCUUGCUCCCGUAGCUCGUCUCAGAGGCACUUGGGAAAAGUUACCCAGCAAGUAUGAAAAGCACCUCAGAGACCUUCAAGAUCUUUUUGAUCCAUCUCGAAACAUGGCAAAAUAUCGCAACAUCCUCAGCAGCCAGAGCAUGCAGCCUCCAAUUAUCCCACUUUUCCCUGUUGUCAAGAAAGAUAUCACAUUUCUGCAUGAAGGCAAUGAUUCUAAAGUGGAUGGCCUGGUAAAUUUUGAGAAGCUCCGGAUGAUUGCCAAAGAAAUCCGCCAAGUUGUCCGAAUGACCUCUGCAAACAUGGAUCCAGCUGUGAUGUUCAGACAAAGGAAGAAGAGGUGGAGAAGUUUGGGGUCUCUGAGCCAGGGCAGCAUGAACUCGAACAUGCUGGACGUGCAGGGAGGUGCUCACAAGAAGCGUGCCCGCCGCAGCUCGCUGCUGAAUGCCAAGAAGCUCUAUGAGGAUGCCCAGAUGGCCAGGAAGGUGAAGCAGUACCUGUCCAACCUCAGUGUGGAGACAGACGAAGAGAAGAUCCAGAUAUUGUCACUUCAGUGUGAGCCUGCAUACAGCACUUUGACAAAGAAUUUAAGUGAGAGAAGAGGAGGAAAAUCCUCCGAAAUGUCUCCAGUGCCCAUGAGAUCAAUUGGCCAAACCACAAAAGCCCAUCAGCAUCAACAAAACAGAAUGAGUCAAGUUCUUCAGGUCCCAACUGUGAAUUUGUACCCCAGCAGGAAAAAGGGACUGACAAAGGAUCAUGUCACAUUCAGUACAGGCUCUCCACAGAAGUCAUUAAGCUUGUCUGAGGAAGUAAGUAGUAAGAAACAAACAGAUGACACUACGUCCAUGGCAUCUUCUUUGCACUCCAGCCCACCUGCUUCUCCUCAGGGCUCCCCACGCAAAGUUGGCAACAUCCAAAGGUCGGAUAACUGCAGUCAGAUGAAUCUCUCUGGCUCUUCCUCAUCGCUGGCCAGUGAAACCAGCAACAAGAACAGUGGACAGCGCAGCUAUGGAAUAGGCUAUGCCCUCAUACCUUCCACUAAAUCCGACAACUUCUCAGACUCCAGUCACAGCGAGAUUUCAUCCCGCUCCAGCAUCGUCAGCAACUGCUCUGUGGACUCCAUGUCAGCAGCACUGCAGGACGAGAGGAGUUUGUCCCAGUCCCUCAUCGUGGUGGAGUCAGUCGGGACAGAGAGGAAGGAGCAUCCUCAGGCACUGACAGAUUACGGCCAGCCCUGCCCGGGCUGGUCCAUCACCAGGCCUGCUCUGAUCAGAGGGAUGGCAUUCACAUCUUCCAUGAGCAGCGAGGAGAUCUCCCAUGAGCACAUCACGGUAGAGGCAGCAGACAGCGGCCGGGGCAGCUGGACUUCAUGCUCAAGUAGUUCUCAUGACAAUUUCCAGAAUAUCCCAAACCAGAAGAGCUGGGAUCUGCUCAGUACUUACCGUCACACCCAGCUGGACGGACCUAUAGCUGAAGUGGAUCCCACAAACUGUUACUCUGAGGAGGGUUAUUUGUAUUCUGAAGCCUUUUCCAAAGCCAACAGGCAGUCGAAAGCCAGCGUGGAGCUCGAUCAGUCUCGGCAGAGCUGGGCAUCCUCCAGCUCCCUGUCAGACACUUACGAGACAAACUAUGGCACAAUUAAGCGGAGGGGGCUGGAGAACUCCUCGGCGGAGCAGACGGAGGCUUUGGACUCUAAAGCAGGUGCUGAUACAACUUACAAAACUGUUACUUCGAGUACAGAAAAAGGCCUGAUAGUGUACUGUGUCACCUCACCUAAGAAGGACGAUAGGUAUAGGGAGCCACCGCCCACCCCUCCGGGAUAUAUGGGGAUUUCUUUAGCGGACAUUAAAGAAGGAUCGCCCCACCACCCACACCUCAAACCUCCAGACUAUAGUGUGGCAGUGCAGAGGUCAAAGAUGCUGCACAGUGACCUCUCUAGACUUCCACCAGCUGCUCUGGGUAGCGACGUGGUGGCCUGUGUCUCCUCGAGGACGCCCCCGUGGCACGGCCGGCAGCCGUCCAGCCCCAGGGUAGCAGAGUUGCCUGGCGCAGAUAGUGAAGAGGAUGAAGAUGAACAAGUAUCAGCAGUUUAACCCUUGGGCUAUUUAUAUGAACCACUCACAACACAAAGGAUGUGGGAGAAGGUCUCAUGGUUCUGUUAGGACUGCUGACAACUUGCUGCUACUGACCUCAGACCUUGCCUGUGUCCCAGAUGAGAUGGAACGGGUUGGAUCACCUCUUCACACCUUCCUUCACUCUGCCACCACCACAUAAGCUAUUUCUACACAUGAAAUAGAAAAUUCUGUUCAAGGAAUGUGCUGACUGCCUGGUACCAACAUGGGUACCCAGAGAUGGACCAAGCUUCGUGCAUUGGGGAGGACCAGUUGCCACCACCACUUGAAACUUGGGAGCAUUUUUCUGUAUGAUACCAUAUAAUCCUUUGGUAGUUUCCAUUGUUGUUAUUUCUACAUGACCGUUAGAAGUCUGAGAGUGUUAUUUUAUGAACUUCAAAAAAAUUAUAUCAAAAUGUCAGCAAAAGCAAAGGAUGUUGCUGAAAUAUCUGAAAAUAAUUUAUUAAUUUAAUAUUUUUAAAUGGGAGUUUCCUUUACGUGCGUUGGGAGUGCUCUGGUUGGCUAAUAUAAAUGUUUAGUCAAUGUGACAGUAAAUUAGCUACACAUCAACUGUUGUGCUCUCCAAAUAAACUCAGAAAAGUAGAAACGGGUGCAGAAAUUUAUAGAUUUUAGAGUGGGUUUAGAUUUAAUAUGAAUAGAGUCCAAUGCCCUGCAGAGCAGUGUCUGUCAAGGCAGCACUCCUGCUGCUCCCCUCCCACAUGGACACAGCAGAAACCUGUCCAAGGAUUUUAGAGAUUGUUUUAGCUGUCAGCCAACUAAGGCAACAGUUGAUGCUCUCCUCCCCUGUUAAGGAAUGCCUGAAAUGUGGAAGCUGUAGCUUAAGGGGGGAGCAUUUGGGGAGAUCUGAAGCUUUCCCAAAAGAGUUUUAACCAGGUUUUGCCUUGCAGAGUUCAACAUGCAAAGCAUGUUCUAAAACUCAAAACUCCAGCUGUGUGUUGUGGUUUUUAAGAUCAUCUCACGUGUCCUGGCCUUUUCCCAGAGUUGCACAGGGUUUAGGUGCAAAGGUUAUCUUUGAAAAAAAUAAUGAAAGAAUUAGAAAUCACCUACAUUUCACAAUAAAAUUUGUGAAACUGAAUAAUAAAUGACACAGUGCUUAUAGAAGAGCAUAAUGCAUUUUAUGAUGGGUUAAAAAACCCUGUUGUGUUUAUCUGGAAAAUACAGAUAAUCUCAAACUAUUUUUUAAAAAAAUCCUAACUAAAAAUCCUGGUGUUGUUGAUGUCAAUGAGAAUUUUGGCUUACAGCCAGCCAGUAUUAACCCGUGAUCUUCUAGUUUGAUUAUGGUCAAAAGAAUUGCUUCUUUGAUUUUCCUUUUAGCCAGCCAGAGUGCAGAGGGGUAGAACUGGAAAUGCCUGCAGGUUCUUUUCUUUCUCCUCCUUUCCUUUCUUCCUUCUUCCUUUCCUUCUUCCCUUCCUUCCUUCCAUACAUGACACCCCAUUCUAGUGUUAAAAUCAGACAUGAAUGUGUGAAUAUGUAUUUAAACAUUUAAUUGUAAAUCUUUGUUGUGAUGUUUACAGCCUAAGCUAGAAAGAUGAUGUUUGUCAUUUUUACAGUGCCUCAAAACUGAUUUCUAUAUCCAUAGUUGUGGAGAGCUUUAAGAGUUUGUUUUUUUUUUUUAUCUAUAUGUGUGCAGGGGUGCAAGGUGAACGCAGCAUUUUUGGAAAAUGCCACAAGUACCAAAAACAACCCAAAGCCUUUGAUGUGCUUUCUCCAUAGUAGCUAGGGGGUGAUGCAGCCAGGUGGAUGAGAAUGGCCCAGCCUGCGUCUGCCUUCAGAGCAGUUCCAGGUCCAGCAUUGCCUGGAAUGUGCCUGUCACCAUUGGAAUUGGGAAGGUGUAAAUGAGCAGUGAUGCUGAGGAAGAGCAUGCCUAAUUUAUAACUCGCUGGUUGGCUGUAUGAAUUUUUGGCACAAGUAUCAGAGAAGCAAAUGGUUGAAAAAAUACAUUAAAAUCCACUUGAGUACGGUAUAAUACAUGCAUUUUGCUUUCUCAAGGCCUUAAUGCUUAUAAUGAAGCUGCACAGGCCUUAAUGACUAAAGAUUAAUGUGUCAAAGCAAUGCAGGACAGCGUGAGUGUUUUCAGCACAUGCAAUAUUGGUAAUAGAACUCUUGAACUGAUAUCCCUGUGGGAUGUAAAUCCAGGUCCUGCCAUCCCGUUGUCACCUGUAGUUGCUUGUUAACUUCUACAUGGAAACAACAGGCUUUGUGUUCCAUCAGGAAGCAUCUGUGUUGUGCCAGGUGAAUGAAACCUUACGGUUCCUUGGCCCUGGGGGGGAGCUGCAGCUUAUUUCAGCCUGUUGAAUAAAAUAUAGGGCAUGGGAGUUACUAAAGUGGUUUCCUUUUACCCCAAAACCCAGUAGUGCUGCCUUGGAGGAUGCAGGGAAGCCCCUGUGGGGGGCAGGGUCGGGGUCUCCUGGCAGUCAGCAAGAGCAGCUGAAUUAGUCACCCAUCCAAACGUGUUUGAUGGUGUUUGCACACGAACAGCAUCGUCUGUUCCACAGGGCUUGGCAGACACUGAAAAGUUCUGGAAUGAGUGAAAGUCUUACUAACAAUGUUUUCCUAAUAGCCAACACAGCUGGUGUACAUAAAUGAUGGACAGAUGAGCUACUCCUGCUACUCCUGCCUCUCACAGUGUGGCUUCUCUGCUGCUCCUUGCUGGGGUUUCUGUUUGUUUGUUUGUUUUUAACUCAACCGAUCACAUUGAUUGGGGCCAAUAGCCAAAUGUGGAGUGUCUGGUGUGGGUUUGAAGAGACAUUAUCCCUUUUUUUGGUAAUUCAGACAGAAGCAAUAUGGUGGUUAGUACCUCUUGUACACUGCUUUGUUGAAGUGAUGUCUUGUGGACCACAGAUCCCUGACUCAGUACCUCUGCUAGGUUCUUCUAGCUCGGGCUCUGAUGUUCAUAAACAGUUAAGGUGCCUCAUGUCAUGUUCUUCCACUGCCAUACCUGGGUUUGCUCGCUUGCUGCUCGUUGUUUGCUUCAGUCUUGUUGCUGAAAGAUGCAUUUCAGAUUUCUCUGAUUUAAGCACACAAUGUUCUGUUAUAAAUAUCAAACUUCCAAAUAAUUCCUGAGAAAGCAAUAUAGUUUGGUAAAAUUGAAUUGGCCUCUCCAGUUGCAGAAAGGGGAAGAUGAGAUCACUGAGCCUCUUGGCAUCAGGUUCAUCUCCCAAGUACACGAAAGAAUGGAAAUACAAUGGCUGUGGAUGGUUGCAGUUCACGUUUUUGCAGUGUGGACAAAUUGUGAGUUUGCCAACAAUGGGCAGUGUGGGGCUUUCCUGGCUCUUUCCUUUUGCCUUUACUCAGGUUUGUGGGUGUGGCCUCACCUUGAGUCCUGUGUGUGAUUUUUGGGCACCAUGAUAUGAAAAAGACAUUAAGCUAUUAGAGAGCAUCCCAAGGAGGCCACGAGGAUGGGGAAGAGUCUGGAGCAGGGGGAAAACCUUAUGAGGAGUGGCUGAGGGCACUUGGUCUGUUCAGCCUGGAGAAAAGGAGACUGAGGGGAGAGAGACCUUAUGGGAACCUACAACACCCUCCUGAGGGGCAGCACUGAUCUCUCCACUCUCAAGACCAGUGACAGGUCACAAGGGAAUGGCCUGAAGCUCUGUCAGGGGAGGUUUAGGUUGGGUAUUAGGAGAAGGUAUUUCACCCAGAACAGCUCCUCAGGGAAGUGGUCACAGCAGCAGCCUGGCAGAGCUCAAGAAGUAUUUGGACAAGGCUCUCAGCCACAGGGUGGGGUUGUUGGGGAUGGUGCUGUGCAGGGCCAGGAGCCAGACUUGGUGAGCCUGAUGGGUCCCUUGCAGCUCAGCAGGUCCUGUGAUGCCAGGUGAGUGAUGCUUCACUGGAAGGGGGUCAGAGCCCAUUGCUUGGGAUGGGGUGCACUCAGGGCUGUCUGCACCUGCCAGAGGCAGAGGGUGUCCCCAGGGGCUGAAUGUCCCAGUGAUGCCACUUGCACAGGGGCCUGUGGUGCAUCAGGUAUGUUCCAAAACCUCUUUCAUCAUGUCCUGAGUAAUUUUCCUGCAGGUAACAGUGGAAAUACAACCCUGUUAUUUAAGUUUUUAUAAAACAUCAAACUUUUUGAAGGAUAAACUUACCACUGCCUUUGCAAAAAGAAAAGAAAAAAGGGAUACUCUCUCUUUAGAAAAGCUUUACACAUUAUAUUUUAGAAUGCUUGUAUAGAGGGUAAUCUAUCUUGAAUUCCCAACCCAGCUUUUGCUUCUGUUGUGCUUUUUAUUGUUUUAUUUCUGAUAUACCUGGAAUGCAGUUUAGCUUGGUAUUAAUUAAAUUCUAAAUAUGUGAGCAUAUUGGCAAAACUGCACAGAUGUAAUGAUAUUCCAAUAGCAAUUGUACUGCACAAGUCAGUGAUUGUAAAGUAUUCUGUAACAAGCAAUGUUUGUCUCCUAUUUUUUGAUACCUCUUACACUUAUGUCUUUUAGAAAGACAGUGCCUCUGUAUGCUUUUUGUAUUUUUACUGAGUGAUUGUAAAUAUUUGUUAUAUUUUUGGUUAAGAGAAUGUUUAAAAGUACUGUUUAUUAUCCAAUCUAUUAAUAUGUUGGAAUCAAUAAACAAUCAACAUGUA